UUACGUGCGCGAGUUGGAGGACGGACGAACUAGCCGACGAACGGACGGACGGACGGAUAAAAGCCGACCGACCGGUUCCCCGUUUUCUGAACUCCGCUGGAUGAGAUCGAAAACGUCAUUGCCAUUCUGCUUCGACGCGUUGUCGAAUCGUUUGCAAGAGCGCGCACGCUCUGCGGACAAUUAUCAACUGUAAUUAUCUGGCGGAACACGAAUCUCUGCAACCAUGAACUACGCCAAUAUAUUGGGAUUGGCGGCGAUACUAGCCACGCUCGUGUCGGGGUCAAGCGGCGUCGGUGCGACGGGAAAUCCCACAGUUUCGAACGCGAGUGCCGGUUACAUCGAUAACGCGAACGGGAAUAAUGGCGAGGGCCCUGAAGACGACUUCGUGCCCUAUCAGGGCGAGCGGUUCUCCGCCUUCGACUGGACGCUGUUCACAGCCAUGAACAAGAAGCAAUCAGGAAACCUGCUUAUCUCGCCGAUCUCGCUGAAGAUCGCGUUGGCGUUGCUGUACGAGGGCGCGCAGGACCAAUCCGCGCUCGAGAUCGCCUACGCUAUGCGAUUGCCGGCUACCCUAACUGCAACCAGAGACAGAUUCACCACUAUCUUGCGAUCGCUUCGAACCAAAUCGCCGGCGUACAAGCUGAACAUCGGAACCAGGAUUUAUACUGAUUCAAUCAUAUCGAUCAGACAACGGUAUCAGGCCAUCGUGGAAACCUUUUACGGCACCGACGUGAUCACCGCGAAUUUUUCGGACGCGCGACCGAUCGCUGGGAACAUUAACCAUUGGGUCAGCAACAUCACCGAUGGCAAUAUAGAGAAAUUGGUAGACGAUGAGGCGUCGAUCAGGAACUCGCUGUUGGUCAUCACGAAUGCGAUCUACUUCCAAGGAACAUGGUCGCGAAACUAUUUUUCGUCGAAGGACACCCGAAACGGGCCAUUUUACAUAGGGUCCAACCGAACCGUUCAAGUACCCCUUAUGCACAGCGUCGGACGUUUCUAUUACAUCGACUCCCUGGAGCUGGACGCAAAAAUUCUUCGCAUGCCCUACGAUGGACACAAGUUCGCUAUGUACUUGCUGUUGCCGCGUAACCGGGACGGAAUCGACCGACUCGCCAACAAAGUCAAUCAGUUCCUGCUGACCAGACAGAUGUGGCACAUGCAAGAUUUACCCGUGGACGUCAUCCUUCCAAAGUUCAAAUUCGAGUACACCAGUCAUUUGGAGAAGGUCCUUCGUGAGAUUGGUAUUCGUGAUAUUUUCGACGACACGGCCACGUUGACUGGGAUAGCAUUAACGAAACGCAACUCGAGGCGCCUGAAGGUCACGAACAUUUAUCAAAAGGCCGGAAUCGAGGUGAACGAGAAUGGGACCACGGCUUACGCGGCCACAGAGGUCGAGCUCGGGAACAAGAUUGAGGACGAAUCGUUCCACGUGACUCAUCCGUUCAUAUUCUACAUCGAAGAUGAAUCAACGGGAACGAUCCUCUACAUUGGCAAAGUAACAGACCCUACAAAUAGUUCGGGAAAACAGAGCAACGAUUCGCAGCAAGAAUUCUCGUCGAAAUUCGGAUCAGAAAUGCCGGAAGCAGAUAUUAACGUGUACGAAUUUGUAGAAGCUUUGCAAGCGGGCUUGAAUGCCAAUGAUCGAGGCAAUCUCUUCAAUACGUAUUUCACACAGACCUUGAGCGAAGAACACCAUGGAAACUUAAUAUCAUCACCGGCCAGCGUCAAGUCGGCUCUAACGAUGUUAACAGAAGCAUCCGUCGGAGAAACGAAAGCGGAAAUCGUGUCGGCAUUGAGAUUACCGGACAACGAAUCUCGUAUAAGACAAAGCACGCUAGAGACUUUGAUAUCCUUGAAGAGGUAUGUGAAUGGAACAGAGAUGAAUGUAUCGACUUGCUUCUGGGUGAAUAAAAACCUGAACCUAUUGCAAAACUACAAAAAUAUUAUGAAGACCUACUAUCUAGCAGAUGUGCAAAGCGUAGACUUCGAGGAUGGAAAGACCGUCCGAAUAAUUAACGAAUGGGUCCGGCAAGCAACGCACGGACACCUUUCGUCGCCUGGCGUCGGCAGCCAUGUUCCGCCUAACACGAAUCUAUUGCUGACCUCGGUGCUCUACUUCAAAGGGGCCUGGAUGAAGGCAUUUGACAGGAAGAAAACGAAACUCGAAUGCUUCUAUGUUCCCAGUGGCGAAUGCAGGACCACUUAUUUCAUGAACCACGAGUCGACGUACAGAUAUGCUUAUAUAUCCUCUAUAGAAGCGGAGAUUAUAGAAAUUCCUUAUUCGAACGGUCAAACGUCGAUGUUGACGAUCAUGCCGAAUAAGAGGGAGAAAGAUCCGUAUCUGCAAGUGCUAUCCAAAGAUUUGUCUACUGUUCCUGUGUCUGCAAUACUAGCCAACUUGAAGGAGAGGAGUAUCAAAAUCUACAUGCCAAAAUUCAGUAUUGAGAAUACACUUAAUUUAGUGCCUACGUUACAACGUUUGGGCAUCAAAAAUGUAUUCACACCUAGUGCCAAUUUAACAAGAAUUGCAACCGAUGGUCCCCUACGAGUAACAAGUAUAUUGCAACAUGUUAGAAUAGAUGUAGACGAAGAAGGAACAUUGGCUGCUGCCGAUACAGAAGUUGCAUUCGAACUUCUUGCAUCAUGGACUAAUGACAUCAGAUUGGACAAACCAUUCUUAUUUUUGAUUGUGGACACUAUAACAAAGACAACAUUGUUCUCUGGUCGUUUCAUAGAACCGCACGAUUAAUACUCUAAGAGUGUUUGACACAAUCAUACAGAUAUACAUAUCCUCUUUUUUAUUUUUAUUUCAAUCUUACAGUAAAGCGCAGUAAGAACUGUCCGUUUAGUAAUAGAGUCGUAAAUAAAAUCAUUAUGCAUUUAAAA